UCCCCAUCUGCUCAUUUCCAUCAGAAACUUCCAUUCCAGAUAAUGAAGAUGACGAAGUUCAGGAAGACGAAACUGAAAUCAGUGUAUUUGGUAUUGGCGAAUCCUUGACAGUGGUCUCCCCAAAUUUUCCUGAUAACUAUACCAAUGGAGCACAAAUGCAAUGGCUUGUAUCUGGCCCAGAAGAAUCCAGAAUAGUGGCCAUUAUUCAUUCCUUUGAGCUUGAACACAAAAACGAUUACUUAUUAAUCGGUUCAGGUCUUGAUCCAAGCGACCGUACUUCAUUACUUGUGAAACUGUCAGGUUCCAGUUUUCCUGAAGAAGUAGUCUCAAGCAACAAUGAGAUGUGGCUUAAUUUCACAUCAGAUAGCUCAGUCGCAAGAAAAGGAUUCUGGAUAGAAAUCAUGGUGUUUGGUCCCUCCAACAUCACAGAUAAUUUCACAAACAAUGAAGUCAGUUUCUUCGGGUUUGGUGAAUCAUUGACCAUCGUAUCACCAAAUUACCCUGACAAGUAUCCAAACGAUGCUGCUAUGAUCUGGCUUGUGUCUGGACCAGAAGAUUUUCAGGUUGUAGCCAAGUUUUACGCCUUCGACCUGGAAUUACGCCAUGACGUCCUUAGUAUUGGUUGGGGUCUAGAUGCCAGUGAUCAGUCAUCAGAGCUGAUAAGACGUUCAGGUUCUAAACUACCUGAAGAUGUAGUUUCCAUCAACAAUGAAAUGUGGCUAAACUUUACUUCAGAUUCUACGGUCAGGGACGAAGGAUUUUGGAUUGAGAUCACGGUUUUUGGACAAGAUAAUUUUACAGAUGCAGUAAAUGGGAGUGAAGUCAGCACAUUUGGCUACGACGAAUCUUUGACCAUUGUUUCACCUAGUUAUCCGAAUAAAUAUCCAAACGAUAUGAACCUACAAUGGCUUGUUUCUGGACCAGUUGACUACCAAAUAGUGGCUUUCUUCCACGCCUUUAAUCUAGAAUCCGGACAUGACUUCCUCAUAGUCGGUUCUGGGUUGGAUCCGGGGAUCCAGUCAUCGCAGUUAUUCAAAUUAUCCGGCUCGUCAUUACCUGAAGAAGUUAUUUCUGAUAAUAAUGAAAUGUGGCUCAACUUUACAUCAGACAGCUCAAAUAGAUGGACUGGAUUUUGGAUUGAAAUCAAGGUCUAUGAAGCUGAUAAUCCUACUGAUGAUUGUGACUUCGUGUGCGGAGAUGGGACCUGUUUGAAAUCUGAUGAUGUAUGUAAUGGUAAAAACGACUGCUCGGAUUUCUCUGACGAAGAUUUAUGUCCUGAGUGUAGCGAUCUUCAAUAUUCAACCUGUGAAGCAGUACUCUCCUACGAUCGGACUUACUUCCCAAACCCAUCAGCCCAAGACCGUGAUACUGCAAUCAGUUUGAUUGAAGGAACGAGCAUCAUGGAAGAAUGCCAUGAAGACUUUCUGCUUCUCUUUUGUGGUAUGCUUUUUGCUGACUGUCCCCAUGGAGGUCCUUCUAGACGCCCUUGUAAGGCACUCUGUGAGGAAGUCACAGAUGCAUGUCGAGUAUCUUACACCAUAUUGAUGGAUAAAGACUGGCCCAUUGAUUGCAAUCAAUUAAGUGAUGAAGGGAAUGUUGAAGAGACAUACUGUAAUGGCGGAGAAGGGGAUUUAACGAAUGAAGCUACAUGUGGUACCCGACCCGCUGUUGAUGAUUACCACUCUAGAAUAGUUGGAGGAGUUGAUGCUGAUCUAGGGGAAUUCCCUUGGAUUGCUACUGUUCAAAUGGGAGGUUUCUUUUGUGGUGGUACGUUGAUUAGUAACCAAUGGGUCUUGACUGCAGCUCACUGCGCAGAAGGAAUGGUAGCCAGUGAUUUCACCAUCACCCUCGGAAUUCGCCAUUUGUCUGAUAACCAUGAGCAUAAGGAGGUGAGAGGUGCUGACGACGUCAUCAUGCAUCCAAAUUACGGCGCUAUUAAUGGAAUAGCAAAUGAUAUUGCACUUCUUCAUCUAUCCGAACCUGUUGAAUUCACUGAUUAUGUAAGACCAGCUUGUCUAGCUACUCUUCAAAACGAGACGAUGGCGUACAGUCGAUGUUGGAUCGCAGGAUGGGGAACGACGUACUUUGGAGCUGGUUCAGUGUCAUACGACCUUCAAAAGGCACUUGUUCAUCUUAUUAGCGACAACACCUGUAGUUCUCUGUACAGUCAGUACAAUAUUGUAGAAGAAGCAGAAUUAUGCGCUGGUUACAUUGAAGGCGGUGUAGAUUCUUGUCAGGGCGACAGUGGAGGGCCGUUAACUUGUGAGGGUUCUGAUGGUCGUUGGCAUCUGGUAGGAUCUACGAGUUGGGGGAUCGGAUGUGCUGAGCCAAAUUACCCAGGAGUUUAUGCCAGGAUUUCAAAAUACACAGAGUGGAUUAAGGAUACCAUGGGUUUUGAGGAUAAUCCUGCUGAUGAAUGUUACUUCACUUGCGGAGACGGGACCUGUUUGGAAUCUGAUGAUGUAUGCAAUGGUGUAAAUGACUGUGCAGACUCAUCCGACGAAAAUUCAUGUCAUGAUUCUACCGAUGAAUGUUACUUCACUUGCGGAGAUGGGACGUGUUUGGAAUCCGAUGAUGUAUGCAAUGGUGAAAAUGAUUGUGCCGACUUUUCCGACGAAGAUUUAUGUCCCCAAUGCAGUGAUAUCAAUUUCUCACGAUGUGAAGCAGUACUCUCCUACGAUUGGACUUACUUCCCAAACCCAUCAGCCCAAGACCGUGAUACUGCAAUCAGUUUGCUCGAAGAAACAACCAUCGUGGAAGAAUGUCAUGAAGACUUUCUGCUUCUCUUGUGUGGUAUGCUUUUUGCUGACUGUCCCCAUGGAGGUCCUUCAAGACGCCCUUGUAAGGCACUCUGUGAGGAAGUCACAGAUGCAUGUCGAGUAUCUUACACCAUAUUGAUGGAUAAAGACUGGCCCAUUGAUUGCAACCAAUUAAGUGAUGAAGGGAAUGUUGAAGAGACAUACUGUAAUGGCGGAGAAGGAGAUUUAACGAAUGAAGCUACAUGCGGUACCCGUCCAGCUAUUGAUGAUUACAACUCUAGAAUAGUUGGAGGAGUUGAUGCUGAUCUAGGGGAAUUCCCUUGGAUCGCUACUGUUCAAAUGGGAGGUUACUUUUGUGGUGGUACGUUGAUUAGUAACCAAUGGAUCUUGACUGCAGCUCACUGCGCAGAAGGAAUGGUAGCCAGUGAUUUCACCAUCACCCUCGGAAUUCGCCAUUUGUCUGAUAACCAUGAUCAUAAGGAGGUGAGAGGUGCUGACGACGUCAUCAUGCAUCCAAAUUACGGCGCUAUUAAUGGAAUAGCAAAUGAUAUUGCACUUCUUCAUCUAUCCGAACCUGUUGAAUUCACUGAUUAUGUAAGACCAGCUUGUCUAGCUACUCUUCAAAACGAGACGAUGGCGUACAGUCGAUGUUGGAUCGCAGGAUGGGGAACGACGUACUUUGGAGCUGGUUCAGUUUCAUACGACCUUCAAAAGGCACUUGUUCAUCUUAUUAGCGACAACACCUGUAGUUCUCUGUACAGUCAGUACAAUAUUGUAGAAGAAGCAGAAUUAUGCGCUGGUUACAUUGAAGGCGGUGUAGAUUCUUGUCAGGGCGACAGUGGAGGACCGUUAACUUGUGAGGGUUCUGAUGGUCGUUGGCAUCUGGUAGGAUCUACGAGUUGGGGGAUCGGAUGUGCUGAGCCAAAUUACCCAGGAGUUUAUGCCAGGAUUUCACAAUACACUGACUGGAUCAUGGAUACCAUGGGUUUUGAGGAUAAUCCUGCUGAUGAAUGUUACUUCACUUGCGGAGACGGGACCUGUUUGGAAUCUGAUGAUGUAUGCAAUGGUGUAAAUGACUGUGCAGACUCAUCCGACGAAAAUUCAUGUCAUGAUUCUACCGAUGAAUGUUACUUCACUUGCGGAGAUGGGACGUGUUUGGAAUCCGAUGAUGUAUGCAAUGGUGAAAAUGAUUGUGCCGACUUUUCCGACGAAGAUUUAUGUCCCCAAUGCAGUGAUAUCAAUUUCUCACGAUGUGAAGCAGUACUCUCCUACGAUCGGACUUACUUCCCAAACCCAUCAGCCCAAGACCGUGAUACUGCAAUCAGUUUGCUCGAAGAAACAACCAUCGUGGAAGAAUGUCAUGAAGACUUUCUGCUUCUCUUGUGUGGUAUGCUUUUUGCUGACUGUCCCCAUGGAGGUCCUUCAAGACGCCCUUGUAAGGCACUCUGUGAGGAAGUCACAGAUGCAUGUCGAGUAUCUUACACCAUAUUGAUGGAUAAAGACUGGCCCAUUGAUUGCAACCAAUUAAGUGAUGAAGGGAAUGUUGAAGAGACCUACUGUAAUGGUGGAGAAGGAGAUUUAACGAAUGAAGCUACAUGCGGUACCCGUCCAGCUAUUGAUGAUUACAACUCUAGAAUAGUUGGAGGAGUUGAUGCUGAUCUAGGGGAAUUCCCUUGGAUCGCUACUGUUCAAAUGGGAGGUUACUUUUGUGGUGGUACGUUGAUUAGUAACCAAUGGAUCUUGACUGCAGCUCACUGCGCAGAAGGAAUGGUAGCCAGUGAUUUCACCAUCACCCUCGGAAUUCGCCAUUUGUCUGAUAACCAUGAGCAUAAAGAGGUGAGAGGUGCUGACGACGUCAUCAUGCAUCCAAAUUACGGCGCUAUCAAUGGAUUAUCAAAUGAUAUCGCACUAAUUCAUCUUAACGGGCCUGUAGAAUUCACUGACUUUGUAAGACCAGCUUGCUUAGCUACUCUACAAAACGAGACGAUGGCAUACAGUCGAUGUUGGAUUGCAGGAUGGGGAACCACGUACUUUGGAGCUGGUUCAGUUUCAAACGACCUUCAAAAGGCACUUGUUCAGCUUAUUAGCGACAACACCUGUAGUUCUCUUUACAGUCAGUACAGUAUUGUAGAAGAAGCAGAAUUAUGUGCUGGUUACAUUGAAGGCGGUGUAGAUUCUUGUCAGGGCGACAGUGGAGGACCGUUAACUUGUCAGGGUUCUGAUGGUCGUUGGCAUCUGGUAGGAUCUACGAGUUGGGGGAUCGGAUGUGCUGAGCCAAAUUACCCAGGAGUUUAUGCCAGGAUUUCAAAAUACACAGAGUGGAUUAAGGAUACCAUGGGAUACGAAGAACCUUCCAUUCCAGAUAAUGAAGAUGACGAAGUUCAUGAAGACGAAACUGAAAUCAGUGUAUUUGGUAUUGGCGAAUCCUUGACAGUGGUCUCCCCAAAUUUUCCUGAUAACUAUACCAAUGGAGCACAAAUGCAAUGGCUUGUAUCUGGCCCAGAAGAAUCCAGAAUAGUGGCCAUUAUUCAUUCCUUUGAGCUUGAACACAAAAACGAUUACUUAUUAAUCGGUUCAGGUCUUGAUCCAAGCGACCGUACUUCAUUACUUGUGAAACUGUCAGGUUCCAGUUUUCCUGAAGAAGUAGUCUCAAGCAACAAUGAGAUGUGGCUUAAUUUCACAUCAGAUAGCUCAGUCGCAAGAAAAGGAUUCUGGAUAGAAAUCAUGGUGUUUGGUCCCUCCAACAUCACAGAUAAUUUCACAAACAAUGAAGUCAGUUUCUUCGGGUUUGGUGAAUCAUUGACCAUCGUAUCACCAAAUUACCCUGACAAGUAUCCAAAUGAUGUUGCUAUGAUCUGGCUUGUGUCUGGACCAGAAGAUUUUCAGGUUGUAGCCAAGUUUUACGCCUUUGACCUGGAAUUACGCCAUGACGUCCUUAGUAUUGGUUGGGGUCUAGAUGCCAGUGAUCAGUCAUCAGAGCUGAUAAGACGUUCAGGUUCUAAUCUACCUGAAGAUGUAGUUUCCAUCAACAAUGAAAUGUGGCUAAACUUUACUUCAGAUUCUACGGUCAGGGACGAAGGAUUUUGGAUUGAGAUCACAGUUUUUGGACAAGAGAAUUUUACAGAUGCACUAAACGGGAGUGAAGUCAGCAUAUUUGGCUACGACAAAUCUUUGACUAUCGUUUCACCUAAUUAUCCGAAUAAAUAUCCAAACGAUGUGAACCUACAAUGGCUUGUUUCUGGACCGGUUGACUACCAAAUAGUGGCUUUCUUCCACGCCUUUAAUCUAGAAUCCGGACAUGACUUCCUAAUAGUCGGUUCUGGGUUGGAUCCGGGGAUCCAGUCAUCGCAGUUAUUCAAAUUAUCCGGCUCGUCAUUACCUGAAGAAGUUAUUUCUGAUAAUAAUGAAAUGUGGCUCAACUUUACAUCAGACAGCUCAAAUAAAAGGACUGGAUUUUGGAUUCAAAUCAAGGUCUAUGAAGUUGAUAAUCCUACUGAUGAUUGUGACUUCGUGUGCGGAGAUGGGACCUGUUUGAAAUCUGAUGAUGUAUGUAAUGGUAAAAACGACUGCUCGGAUUUCUCUGACGAAGAUUUAUGUCCUGAGUGUAGCGAUCUUCAAUAUUCAACCUGUGAAGCAGUACUCUCCUACGAUCGGACUUACUUCCCAAACCCAUCAGCCCAAGACCGUGAUACUGCAAUCAGUUUGAUUGAAGGAACGAGCAUCAUGGAAGAAUGCCAUGAAGACUUUCUGCUUCUCUUCUGUGGUAUGCUUUUUGCUGACUGUCCCCAUGGAGGUCCUUCUAGACGCCCCUGUAAGGCACUCUGUGAGGAAGUCACAGAUGCAUGUCAAGUAUCUUACACCAUAUUGAUGGAUAAAGACUGGCCCAUUGAUUGCAAUCAAUUAAGUGAUGAAGGGAAUGUUGAAGAGACAUACUGUAAUGGCGGAGAAGGAGAUCUCACAGGAGAAUCAAUGUGCGGUACCCGUCCUGCUGUAGAUGAUUAUCAGUCUAGAAUAGUGGGAGGAGUCAAUGCUGAUCUAGGGGAAUUCCCAUGGAUGGCUAAUCUUCGGAUGAAUGGGUUCUUGUGUGGUGGUACCUUGAUUAGUAACCAAUGGGUCUUGACUGCAGCUCACUGCGCAGAUGGAAUGAAAGCCAGUGAUUUCGUCAUCACCCUUGGUAUUCGUCAUAUGUUGGAUGAUGAUGAGCAUAAAGUAGUGAGAGGGGCUGACAUGGUCAUCGUGCAUCCAAAUUACCCAGCUAUUAAUGGAAUAGCAAAUGAUAUCGCAUUACUCCAUCUAUCCGAACCUGUAGAAUUCACUAACUAUGUGAGACCUGCUUGCUUAGCUACUCUACAAAACGAGACGAUGGCAUACAGACGGUGUUGGAUCGCAGGAUGGGGAACUACGUCAUACGGAGGUUCCGUUUCAAAUAUUCUUCAGAAAGCAUUGGUAAACCUUAUCGAGCAUAGCACAUGUAGUGUGCUAUACAGUGAUUAUGGUAUUAUACCGCAAGCAGAAAUUUGUGCUGGAUACGUCGACGGUGGAGUUGAUUCAUGUCAGGGAGACAGUGGAGGACCAUUAACUUGUGAGGGUUCUGAUGGUCGCUGGCAUCUUGUAGGAUCUACGAGUUGGGGUAUCGGAUGUGCUUAUCCCAAUUACCCAGGAGUUUAUGCCAGGAUCUCGCAGUACACAGACUGGAUUAAGGAUAACAUGGGAUACGAAGAAUAAUCUCCAAUGUUUAGAGGACUUUGAGGAAGGACUCUGAAGCUUACCAGAACGUCAGAACAAAAGGACAAAAUCUAAUAUACAUCAUUAAAUGAUCUUGAAUUGGUUCCCUUUUGAAACGCAUUUGGAAAUAAAUCGUGUGUGUGUGUGACUAAUUUUUCUCUCGUAAAUUGAAAAAAAUCAUAGAUUUCAUGCUGACCUACUUUUUUUACCUGCCGAAAAAACAUCUUGAAUCGAAUGUGAACAGGACAAGUCGAAUGAUAACGAUAUGGUUAUAAAGUUUUAUACUUGCAUCGAUUUUGUUUUUUUGUGAUGACAUUUUACAUUUUGAAGUCAUAUUCGUGUACAAUUUCAUCUAAUCUAUAUUCAGUAUAACUGUUGCUUCCUGAAAAGAUUUCCCGGUAUAUGUAGCCCAGUUGAUUGUUAGUUGCAGAUACUUCAAAAGUUUGACAGGUGUGCAUUUCCAUAUAAUAUAUGUAGCUGUAUUUGCUACCCUUAAAAGUUUAGAAGCUAUUGCUUCUUAGGUCCUACUUUAACAAAUUGAUAUUGCUAUGAAUGCUUUAUGAUGUGUGUAAAAGAUAAGAGAUAUUUUAUGUGGUGUUAAACUUAAAUUUGUAUCUAGUUUGCCUAUUUUGUGUAAAUAAUCUACUUCAUUAAUCAUGUAUGACAUUUCUGGACGAAAGCUAUACAGAAUAUCGGUUAAACAUUGAAAAUAGUACAACUAACAAGGGUAUAUUUUUUCUCUUAAAAUGUUACCUGUUAGAUGCGUGAAAUAUGAAGGGAACUUUUUUCAACAAUGCCUCACUAUUUCUUUCCGUCCACUCGGGUGAUUAUACACCAAUUCUGGUGAGGGAGAGUUGGAGAAGAUUUCACUUUCUGGUUGGUUAAAUUGUCGGACAUGCAUAAUUAUAGUAAUACCUGUAUCGGACCUCCAAACCUGUAUAAAGCACUCCAUGACUUGAAGCACGUUCAUGUGCUCUAAGUCAAUAGAGUGCUGUAGAUAGCUCCAAUAAUCCAUCUUGAUCAUUAGCCCCAUCCUAUUUCUUUCUUUAAAUUAUACGCCUUUGACUUUUUUCCAUUGUUGUUCACCAGAUUAGGAUGUGAAGUGCGAUUUAUUCAUUUCUUGACUUUUUGCCGUUUUUGCAUCAGAGUAAAGUGUGGCCAAAGUUUGUCUAAUAUGUUAGGAUUGAAUAUGAAAGGAAACUUAAACCAAAAAAGUGAUUAAAAAAAGCUCCAUCGUUUGCUUCUUUGAUGAUCUACUUUAUUGGCUGUAAAUAGUAAUCAUUUUAUACAUUUUACUGUCUGUUUAAGGUCAGUUUGUUGUGACAAUCAUUCUACAUGUUGAAUUGUCUGUAUUUCACUAUGAACCUCAUCUCAAUAAAGUGUGUGUUUUUAAUCCUGAACAAA